CUAAAUCCUAAUCCCCUCGUCUCUCUUCUCCCCCACAAAAACGAACGCGCUGCUUCGCCCCGAACCUCGGCCAUGGAGCUCGCCACUGCGGCUGCUGUCGUCUCCACAGCCUCCACCCAUCCCGGCCGCAACCGCUUCUACUCCUCACGCUCGGCCUCGUGGUCUAACUGCUCACCACUCUCAUCCUCUCGCUCUUUGUCCACGUCGACCUCGCGGUUCCAGAUACGACCACUCCCCGUUGCCUGGGCAGCCGUAGAGCUCCGAGAGGCCGCUUCAGGGGGUGGAGACUCCGUCCGUGUCACCGAGACGCUGCAGCCUGGCUCCAGUGUCAAGUUCAGCGUGGAAGUGCCUCCCUCGAUAUGUCAGGAAUGCUACGAAACUACUCUUAUGGAGUACUCGAAGCGUUUCAAGGUUCCUGGAUUUCGGCCUGGGAAAAUAGUUCCAGAGAAUGUACUUAUAAACUACGUUGGGCCGCAACAUGUACGGGCUGCUACAGUUGAAGCUAUCUUAAGACAUACGCUUCCUCAAGCGUUGUCCUCGGUAGAGGAGAGGGCAUUAGAAGAUUCUGUACGCAUUCUUACUAAGUUUGAUGAUAUGAAUAAUUCGUUCUCCCUGGAGGAUGUAUUUAGAUAUGAUGUUGCUGUGGAUAUUAUUCCUGAAGUCCGGUGGUUAUCUGAAGACAAAUAUAAGAACCUCAAAGUUGUUAUUGAAAUAGAUGAAAUUGUUGAUGCAGAAAAGGCAGCCGAGGUAGAGCUUAAACGUCGCCGUAAAGCUCUAGGGCUGCUUCGAAUAGUGACUGAUAGAGGCCUACAGGUAGGUGAUUUAGCGGUAUUUGAUAUAUCUGCUGAAACUAUAACCACCGAUGGCUCUAAAGGUGAAAAAAUUCCAUCGGCUGAGAGCACAGGGUUCCACUUGGACACUGAGGAAAAUAAUAACCUUGUUCCUGGAUUUCUGGGUUCGCUAAUUGGGAUUCGUCCUGGCGAGACUAGAUCAUUUCCUAUUCAGUUCCCUGAGUCAUUUGAUCAAGAAAGUCUACGAGGUGUCCGUGCCCAGUUUACUGUUGUGUGUAAAGAACUCUUCUUCAGACAGUUGCCAGAAUUGGACGAUUCACUUGCCGAAAAACUCCUUCCAGGAUGCACUACCAUGGAUCAGGUUCGAGAACGAAUUCUGGAAAGAUGCAAAGAAGUGGAGAAGACAGCUAUAGAACAAGCAACAGAUAAUGCAAUCCUCGAUCAGCUGGGACAGUUGGUUGAAGUUGAUGUUCCACGCUCCUUAUUUCAAGAACAAGGCCAAAUGUUGUAUGGAGCCAAACUUCUGCAACUUCAGGCAGAAACAAAGCUAGAUAGAGACCAGCUAGCAUCCCUUUCAAGUGAAAAGUCAGUCCAGGAAUACCUGAAAAAUGAGAGGGAGAACAUUACUAGGAUCAUUAAACAAAUGUUGGCUGUUGGUGAAAUAUUCAAGGCUGAAAACUUGCAGUACUCAACCGAACAGCUCAUCAAGGAAGUUGAGAACUCUAUAGAAGAGUUCAAACGCUAUAAUCAAGACUACGACGAGGGGAACAUCAAACAGCAGGUUCAGGAUGUUCUAGAGGCUGCAAAGGUGCUUGAAUGGCUCAAAGAGAACUGCACGAUCGAGUACAUCAGACGAUGAGUGUGAUGCUAGAUGAGCUGCCAGUUUUCAAAGAUGGCAGGCAUGCAAACUCUUUGCGAUAUCUUUGUUUUGCAGACCUAUGCAAUGAAGUGUUUGUUUUGUGUAUAGCAAGCAGAGAAGCGUUUAUACGCAGAUGGGAAUUGUAGAUGAAGGGCAAGUCUGUUAGUACAUAUUCGUGCUUUGCACAGAAGUAAUCGACUCUGCAGCAGAUAAUUGUCAUGAUUCUAUUUGUUUACAAGGAACGAACGGAUAAAUUGUCUUCGUUGUUACAGGCUCACAGCUAUAUUGUUUACGGGAAAUCAAUGAAUAAAUUUCCUUCAGCUCUA